AGAAAAGCCCAGUUUCUGUGUGUUCAUCUAAUUUGCAUAUCAGAGUUUUUCCACAUUAGUUGAGAUGUUCUUGUACUUGUGCAGCUGUUUGAUGUUAUUCCCUGUUGUGUUUUUUCCUAGAAUUCUCGAAAGAAGGCAUGGCUUCUGGAGAAGAGAAUGUGAAGACGACAGACAGAGUGCUAAGAAUAAGUCAGUUGGAUGCACUUGAGCUAAACAAAGCUCUGGAGCAGCUAAUUUGGUCCCAGUUUACUCAGUGUUUUCAUGGCUUCAAGCCAGGCCUUUUAGCCCGAGUUGAGCCAGAAGUGAAAGCAUUCUUGUGGCUUUUCUUGUGGAGAUUCACUGUCUACUCUAAAAAUGCCACUGUGGGACAGUCAGUUUUGAAUAUACAGUACAAAAAUGAUUUUUCCUCAAAAUACCAGCCACCAAGUAAGAAUCAAAAGUUGUGGUAUGCCGUCUGUACAAUCGGGGGGACAUGGUUAGAGGAACGUUGCUAUGAUUUGUUUCGAAACCACCAUUUAGCGUCGUUUGGGAAACUGAAGCAAUGUCUGAAUUUCACAGUCGGACUUUUGAAGUUAGGUGGGUUAAUCAACUUCUUGGUUUUCCUUCAAAGAGGCAAGUUCGCCACUUUGACCGAACGUCUCCUGGGCAUUCAUUCUGUGUUUUGCAAGCCCCAGAGCAGACGGGAAAUUGGCUUUGAGUAUAUGAAUAGGGAACUUCUGUGGCACGGCUUUGCCGAGUUUCUGAUUUUUCUUUUACCCCUUAUCAAUCUCCAGAAGUUGAAGGCCAAAUUAUCGUCAUGGUGUAUCCCUCUUACUGGUGCUGCUAAUAGUGACAGUACAUUAGCUACCAGUGGUAAAGAAUGCUCUCUGUGUGGAGAGUGGCCCACCAUGCCUCACACUAUAGGCUGUGAGCAUAUCUUCUGUUACUAUUGUGUUAAGAGUAGCUUUUUGUUCGAUAUCAACUUUACUUGCCCCAAGUGCAGCACAGAGGUACAUAGUGUGCAGCCACUGAAAUCAGGAAUUGAGAUGUCAGAAGUGGGUGCUAUUUAGGCACUAGAAAUUUUCUCUGGGGAAAAUUAUUAUUUGGUUCAAGGCCUUGAUAUUCAUCCUAUCAAAACACUUUAUAUUUCUCUUAUAAGGGUGUAUGCUGCUCAGCUACCAUUUUUUUUUAUCUUCCCAGAUAUUACUAAAUUCACAUCACCGAAACUGUGAUUGUAAAUAUAUUGUGAAAAUAUUGUUUUAAAGAAAUUAUUUUAUUAAAUUUUAAUGACAUGGAUAAUGGAUAGUUUUUGUUAGAUAAUUGCUGGAAUUCUUCUUCAUUUUGCU